AUGCUUAAUAUGCUCAAUGAUAAAUUCAUUCACAUGCAACAAAAGACUUACAUCGAAGGAAAUGCGUGUAUUGGCGGAAGUGAGCAAAGUGUAACGGACCGUUCUUCCAAAUCAACCUCUCUCGAAACUGAUAUAUCUGUAACCAGCUCAACAGUAACUAGAAAGCGGCUUUCUGAUGAGGUUCGUUUGCUUCUGGAACGUUUGUAUGAGAGGAAGAGAGCUCUAAAUUCCAAAGAAAGACAUCUUGUAGCUAAAGUGUGCGGCCUAUCUCCUCGGCAGGUCCGUGUAUGGUUUGCAAACAAGCGUAGAAGGGCCAAUGCAGCUUAUAAUCGAAAUUGA